CCGAUGAUCGACGCCGCAUCACAUCGCCAUUUACAUGUGUUUACCAAUGACUUCAUUCGCGGAAUUAUACACACGAGAUGAUCGACACGGCCCAUUCUGCUUCUCUAUUUAGCCGUACCCAGACCUUCCACGAACAAAUAUAGUAUAUGAGAUACACGCUUUGUAGCUAUCUAUAAUCUAUCAUCUUUGCUCCGUCCAAAGUCGUUAUGGCUCCGAUAAAGACUUGCGUUCUAGGCACUGGACUCAGUGGCCUAACCUUCCAGAUCCCGUUCAUACUCGCCUUGUCUGAUCUCUUCUCAUUGCACUCCGUCCUGGAGCGCAACCCCACUUCAGAGGGCGGAAAAGUCAAAGAGCGUUUCGGUGUUACGACCAAGAUACAUAGAUCGCUUGAGGAUGUCCUUGCAGAUCCAGAGAUUGAGCUCAUAAUUGUCAACACGCCAAGUUCGACGCAUUUUGAGUUCGCAAAACGAAGCCUGGAGGCAGGAAAGCAUGUGCUUGUUGAGAAGCCCGUAACAAGUACAGCAGCUGAAGCGCGUCAGCUCGGCGAGCUAGCGAAGGCAAAGAACUUGGUGCUAUAUGCGUUUCAGAAUCGUCGCUGGGACUCGGAUUUCCUUGCGUUAAGGCGUUUAUUGGAAGAACCAGCCUCAUCACCCUUUAACAUGGGCGAUCUCGUUGAGUUCAAUUCUCAUUAUGACCGGUACCGCAUGACAUUAAAAGGAGGUUGGAAAGAUGCUAAACUCCCAGCAUCCGGCCAAACCUACGACCUCGGCACUCACUUGAUUGAUCAAGUCGUAUCACUUUUCGGAAGACCGACAAAGGUCACUGGGUUCAUCGAGAAUGUACGUCAAAUCGGUGACCCCGAUCUCGACGAUUCGUUCAACAUCAUACUGCGGUACCCUGCCACAGCUACACGCAAAUAUGCGAUGACCGUUCUCCUUCGUGGACAUAUUAUCUCCGCCCGAGAUCCGCAGAUCCGUUUUGCCAUUCGUGGGACGAAGGGUACAUUCCUCAAAUAUGCCCUUGACGUGCAAGAGGAUCAGCUCAAGGCUAUGCCAUCCCCUCAAGGCAUAUUUGACCCCGCAUACGGAAAAGAACCAGAAGAUAUAUGGGGAGUAGUGUUUAUCAGGGACGAGGCAGGAAAUAUAACAAAGAAGCAUUCUAGAUGGCCUUCGAGUGACAAGGGUUGUUAUAUCGAACUGUUCAAGAAUCUGGCUGGCGCUAUUCGGAACGGGGAGGAAUUAAAGGUGAAGUGGGAAGAAGCAACGACAGUGCUGGAGAUCAUCGAAGCUGCAUACCAAAGCUCGAAGGAAGAACGCACCAUCACACUUGCAUAA